CCUUGAUAUAUUAAGCUUAAAAAAGCAUCACGUGAGGCGAUCAUUUCUCUUCAGAAGACUUGGAUUAAACUGAUAUGCAGAUUUGUGCUAAAUAAGAACAAUUUUCUUAUGGAACAACACGAAGGUAAAUAAAUGCAAGCUAUAUAUAUAUAUAAAUGACCACACAAUUUUCAUUUUGGGUUAAACAAACCCUUGAACUACAAUUUUGGACAUAGUGAUUACUGACUAAACGCUAAACUCACCAGAGACCUGUUGCUGUUUGAUCAGCGAUGCAAAGAAACAUAUAUGAUUUCACUUCAUAAGGCAGCUUUGGUUCCCAAAGCCUACGAAGACACCAAAGGAAAGGAGAAAUUGACCCCUUCUCGGAAAUGACCUCUAAUCAGCAAUAGUUGUGGUUUGAGGUUUCACCUUCAAUAUGUAAACAAUAGAACUUUGAUCCCAAUGUGGAUGUUGCACAGAGCUUUACAUUGUACACUUUCUAUACGCCAUUUCAUAUCGAUGAAGAAAGGAUCUUGUUUAAAGAGUAUUGGGCCAUGAUGAGAAGGAGGGAUUGAGAGCAGGGCUGUGGUGUUAAAGAUGAGAGCCUUCAUGUCAUUGUUUUAGAGAAAGCCUUUAGCAGUAGGACCUGGAAGACGUACAGGGCAUUUAACAAUAAGGUUUGUAAUAACACAAAGCCUGUUCCAUAAAAGCUGGAUGCUUUACUGAAAAAAAAAAGACCCUCAUGCUCAAUUGGUUCCAGCACUUGACAGGAAAAUGCAAUUGUUCCUGAUGUCAAAUUUUAGCGACUCCUACUAUAAAUUAGGGGCUGGGCAGAAGUUUGGAUCAGUUUAACUUUGCCGAUUAUUUACCUUGCUCUGUGAAGAACACUUUAGGACAACAUGAGCGCGUCGGUGGCUAUUUACAGAAACAUAUACACUGAGGAUCGGUUCCGACAGACGUACGGUACGGAAGACCAGUCUGGCGGGAGAGAGCGGCUCCGGGACCGGCUGGCGCAGAGAUGCAGCUGCUCGCAGGUGGAGUGCGUUCACCUGCUUCACAAGAGACUGCCCGUGUGCAGCUGGCUGCCAAAGUACAAGCUCAGAAAAUGGCUCUUAGGAGAUAUCAUAGCCGGACUGACUGUUGGAAUAGUACACAUUCCCCAAGGGAUGGCGUUUGCUUUGUUGACAUCAGUGGCUCCUGUCUAUGGGCUUUACACAUCUUUUUUCCCAGUGGUCCUUUAUAUGCUUUUUGGCACUGGUCAUCAUGUUUCCACAGGUACCUUUGCUGUGUUGAGUCUGAUGACUGGCUCAGUUGUGGAGCAGCUGGUCCCCAUCCCACUCGCACUGAAUAGCAGUAGCCCAGAGGCUGCAGAGUUUGAGGCCCAGAGGAUUGGAGUGGCAUCAGCCGUAGCCUUUCUCUCAGGCAUAAUGAUGCUCUGUAUGUGUGGACUCCAGUUGGGUUUCCUUUCUACAUAUCUCUCAGAACCAAUUGUUAAGGCGUUCACAAGUGCAGCCGCCUUCCACGUGACUGUCUCACAGCUGCAAAGCAUGUUGGGAUUACGGUUACCCCGAUAUGCUGGUGCCUUUUCUCUUUUUAAGACGUUGGCUUCAGUGAUGGAAAACGUGCCCCACACUAAUUUGGCUGAGCUGGUGAUCUCACUGCUCUGCCUGGCUGUUCUGGUGCCUGUUAAAGAGGUCAAUUCCCGCUUUCGGGAGCGUCUGCGGACUCCAAUCCCUGUGGAGAUUAUCACUGUAAUAAUUGCAACAGGAAUCACAUAUGCCUUUUCUCUGGAUUCCAAGUAUGACAUACAGAUUGUAGGACAUAUUCCUGCAGGUUUUCCAGAACCACGACUGCCUGCAUUAGAGACAGUUCCAGAAAUUGCUGGUGACACAGUAGCUAUCACACUCGUCGCCUAUGCUGUGUCUGUAUCUCUAGCCAUGAUAUAUGCUGAUAAGCAUGGAUACUCCAUCGAUCCAAAUCAGGAGCUUCUAGCACAUGGGAUCUCCAACACUGUGUCAUCUCUGUUCACUUGCUUCCCCAAUUCAGCUACACUGGCCACUACAAACAUACUAGAGAGUGCUGGAGGUCACACGCAGCUUGCAGGACUAUUCACAAGUCUGGUUGUUCUUAUUGUACUUCUGCUGAUAGGACCUCUGUUUUACUUUUUACCCAAGGCAGUGCUGGCUUGUAUAAAUGUGACCAGCCUGAGACAGAUGUUCCUACAGUUUCAGGAUCUCCCUGAACUAUGGAGAAUUAGCAAAAUUGAUUUUAUGGUGUGGCUUGUGACCUGGCUGUCUGUAGUUGUGCUGAAUGUAGACCUGGGGUUGGCCAUUGGGAUGGUCUUUUCCAUGAUGACAGUCGUCUGUCGCACACAGAGGGCCAGCUGCUCUGUGUUAGGAAGAGCUGCCAACACAGAGAUCUACAGAUCCAUCAACAACCAUAAUAAAUGCUAUGAAGUGCCCGGUGUGAAGAUCCUGACCUACAAUGGGCCCAUCUAUUAUGGCAACCGUAGCUUUUUCAAGGCGGAUAUGGCUCAGCUACUGGGACUCACCCCUGAGAGGAUACGCAGUCGAGAAAAAGCCCUGAAGGCUAUUGAGAAGAGAGAAAGAGAGGCCAUUAGCACUGUAGAGCAAGGAGUUGCAGACAGUUCAUUUUCUUCAAAGAAUGACUUGUUCACAUCAGAGAUGGCUGAAGGUGAAGUCCAGGCUGUGCUGAUAGACUGCAGCAGCGUCAUUUUUGUGGAUAUUGCAGGAGCUCGGUUAUUCAUACAAAUGUGCAUGGAGUGCCAGAAGAUUGGGGUACGGAUAUACCUGGCUAACUGCAAUGAGAGCGUACUAAAGAUUCUCACAUCCAGCGGGCUGAUGAACUACAUGAAUCCUCAGCAUAUCUUUGUAACAAUCCAUGAUGCCGUGGUCUACAUCCAACAGCAGAGAGAGAAACCUCCAGAGACCAACACAAUGGUGUGGGUGUGAUUUAUUUGAAACAACCAUAAUUCAAGAUUUAUUUGGACUGAGACUCGAAGCAGGAACUGAAGAACCAGCGUUUGACUGCAAGUGUGUCAGAAGGACGUGCACUUAAAGUCAAUGCAACAUUUAUUUUGCCUCUAUAUGCCGUGAUGAGUUUGUCAGGGCACAUUAUGGUGUCAAACAGAAGUAUAGAGCUGCAGUGGCUAAAUUAUUUUCACACCAUGACAAAUGUUUGGUGGGAAACAUUGAUUUAAUUCCAAUGAAUGACAGAUAAUGCGAUUGAUUUUUGUUUAAUUUAUGAAGAGGUGUUCUAAUCUCUUUUACAAUGCACUGCUAAGAAUACUGCCAAACCAAUAAGAUUCAGGCCAACGAUAGAAAACUAUACCUUGAUGGCAAACAAAAUAUGGGAUGCAAAAGUCUGAAUGUCUGUAUGAGUUUGGUGUACUGUUUGGCUUCCUGCUCAGUGACAGGUUGCAAUGCAGCUCUUUGUGUAUUUCUGCUUCCCUCCCUUGAUUUCUCCACUUUCCUGCAAGUGCCACUGACAUUUCCAUGUAAACUGUCCUUAAAGGGUUUACCGAUCAGAAACCAUUGUUAUUCAUGAACACCAGUGGCUGUCAAUGCUUGUGCUCGCAGUUGUACAUAGGCCUACCUGUACGUAAUAUAGAAGAGACUGAACAUGAUUCAGUGUCCUGAUAUACUCAUGCCUCAUUUUCAUUAUUUUGUAGAAGUGUAAAAUACCUUUUAACAAUGUACUGGUAAAGAAAUCAAGAAACUGUCCACUCUGCUGGAAACACAGUUUAGACAAACAAAUAUGUGCUGCACUUUUUCCUUUCAAUAACCAAAUAAACACACAACAAAUGUGUCAGCUGUGAGAACUCCCUG